AUGCCAGACACUCAAGCCAAGGCUGACCGUGCCCCAGGUCAGCCACCAGCCCAGGGCGCCUCCCUAGCAGCUCCCACCUUCUCUCCCGCCCCUCCUCUACCUCUGGGGCCCCCUGGUUCCGUCUGGGCUCACCGUGCGGGGAAGGAGAUCGAGGGCCCGGGAACGGUUCCCGGGAGCGGGGGCCGCUGCUGCUCCAGCAGCUGUAACAACCCGCGGCGGCAGCCUCCCCGCUGGCAGCUCCGGCCGAAUCAGAGCUCCGCGCCGGCCCCCAUUGGCUCCUCCAGAAACGGACUGGCCCGGCCCUUUGCCCCGCCGGGCCCUCCUGGGAGCGCGCUAUUCACCUUGGCUGAGGGAACAAGAAUAGCAGAGGACUUUGUCUCCCUCCCCCCGAAGCUGCCCAGUAGCCUGGCAUUAGAUGGGUCCCUGGCUGACCUGAUAAAGAAGCUAGCCCUCCUCUUUUCCUUUCAGGAGGGCUUCUGGGUGCCACACAAUACCAUGGGCACCAUCAGGCUCAACAUGCAAGGAUGUAGGGUAUGGGUAAGUGUGGCACAGAGACCAGAGGUGCUAGCAGGCAAUGGAAAGGAGCUAGACACAAAGAGGAGGAAGCGGGUCUCCAGAGCCCAGCAGCGGGGAGCCGGGAGAGGGCAGCUGCACUGGAGAAGGCUCUACCACCAAGAGGGAUCCUACUCCACUCCAGGACUAUGCCAACUUGUGGCCAUGCUCCCACCAGCAGGUCACCUCUUGUCCCUCCUGCUGGUGAUAGGCACAGGGGGUACUGUGCCCAGUCCCCGGGUGCCUCCCCGGGGCUGCUAUGUGGCAAAGGAAGCAGGUGAACGGACGUUCCGAUGCAGCCAGGCAGGCCUGAGCGCUGUGCCCUCCGGCAUCCCCAACGACACCCGCAAGCUCUACCUGGAUGCCAACCAGCUGGCAUCGGUGCCUGCUGGUGCAUUCCAGCACCUGGCUGUCCUGGAGGAGCUGGAUCUGUCCCAUAAUGCCCUUGCCCACCUCUCAGGGGCGGCUUUUCAGGGCCUGGAGGGCACACUGCGCCACCUUGACCUUUCUGCCAACCAACUGGCCUCGGUGCCCGUGGAGGCCUUUAUGGGACUACAGAUCCAAGUGAACCUAUCUGCCAACCCAUGGCACUGCGACUGUGCCCUCCAGGAAGUGCUCAGGCAGGUGAGGCUGGCACCAGGCACUGGGACAGGCAUCGUGUGUGGCCCCGGAGCCCGACCGGACUUUGUGGGGCAGGAGUUCCUGCUGCUGGCAGGGGAGAAAGAGCUGUGUGGGGCAGGGCGGGGCGGGGCCCGGAGGAGCACUGAUGUGGUCCUGCUGGUCACCAUGGGGGGCUGGCUGACACUCAUAGUGGCUUACCUGGUGCAUUAUGUGUGGCAGAACCGAGAUGAGACCCGGCGCUCCCUCAAGCGGGCCCCAGUGCUGCCCGUGCGUUCCGAGGGCUCCUCCACACUCAGCACAAUGGUCUGAAGACCCGGGGAGCUCUCCAGCCACACCCCACACUCCUGCCCCUAUGCCGUCUCCUUUCCUCUGACCUCCUCUGCCUCCUCUGCCCGCAGUGCAUCCCACCCUUUUCUCCUUUAUUCCCCCUAAAUACCUACUCGCUCGCUCCCUCGCUCUCUGUCAUCUUACCCAACACCAUCUUUGGUGCCUGGAACUUUUUGGUGCCUACUCUGUGCCUGGUUUGUGCUCAACUCAGAAAAUCCAGAACAGAGAAUGACCGUAGGUGGG